CUGACUGUGACCAAUUGACCAAUGUCGUUUGACGUUGACGUGUGGUUUGACGUGGUGUAAUGUGGUUUGUGGUGCUUUUUAAUUUUAUUAAAUAAUAAACGAUUAUUUUUAAAGAAUAACUAAAACGUGUACUUUUACAGUAAGUAAGUCCCUUCUACAUUUCAAUCUUACUGCUAUCAACUUGCUAGAAAAAGCGAAAAUUAAGGCUCUACAAGCCGCAAUAAUGUCGCUGACUAAAAGGAAACGUUCUCUUGAUAAAGAGCAGUUGCUAGAAAAUGGAGACCCAUCAAACGCCAGCCAAAGUAAUAUUAAAGGGGACGAAAUUAACAUAGCAGUAUUAUUAUUUUUAUAUACACUCCAAGGUAUUCCUUUAGGGCUUGCAGGUGCAAUCCCAAUGUUGCUACAGAACCGUGGCAUAACAUACACACAACAGGCUGAAUUUAGUUUUGUGAAUUGGCCAUUCAGUGUGAAGUUGCUAUGGGCUCCUAUAGUAGAUGCAAUGUUUUGGCCAGAAUUUGGUAGACGGAAGACUUGGCUUGUUCCAGUGCAAUAUUUGAUUGGAAUUGGCAUGAUUAUCAUGUCUCAUAGUGUGUCAAGCUGGCUUGGCUCGGAGAGUGAGCCUCCAUCUAUGAUGAUUCUUACUGUGUCAUUUCUGAUGCUUAAUUUCCUGGCUGCCACACAAGACAUUGCAGUUGACGGAUGGGCACUGACUAUGUUGAAAAGGUCUAAUGUAGGACAUGCAUCUACAUGCAACACAGUGGGUCAAACAGCUGGAUUUUUCCUAGGAUAUGUGCUAUUUUUAGCCUUAGAAUCUCCCUAUUUUUGUAAUAAAUACCUAAGGACUGUACCUGAAGACACAGGCCUAGUGACACUGUCAAGUUUCCUUUUAUUCUGGGGCUGGGUGUUUAUUGUAACUACCACUAUAAUUGCAAUAUUCAAGCAUGAAGCAAAUGAUACAGUUCAUUCAAAUGAGAGUCAAGUGAAGGGGAUGAAGGAUAUUGUAAAUGCAUACAAACAACUCUACACUAUUGUGAAGCUUCCAGCUGUUCGGACGCUGGCUUUGGUGCUUUUUACAGCUAAGCUUGGCUUCUGUGCCAGUGAUGCAGUUUCUGGUUUAAAACUUGUGGAAGCUGGAGUCCCACGGGAAGACUUGGCGCUUUUAGCUGUCCCCUUGGUGCCUGUUCAAAUCAUCAUGCCAAUUAUCCUUGCGAAACAUACAACAGGCCCGGCACCUCUAUCAUUGUGGCUACGCGCGUUCCCACUAAGGCUUUUAGUUGGUCCACUGGCUGCUGCACUUGUGGCCUUAACUCCAACUUUAUUAGGAGAUUCAGGGCCCUCCUAUUUUUACCUCUUCAUUCUUAUGCUACUUUACGUCUUCCACCAGACUUGCUUGUACUGUAUGUUUGUGGCGGUGAUGGCUUUCUUCGCGAAAGUGUCGGACCCAGCCGUGGGAGGCACCUACAUGACGUUGCUCAACACCGUGUCAAACCUGGGCACUAACUGGCCCAACACGCUCGCGCUCUGGGCCAUCGACCAUUUGACUUACAAGACUUGCAGUGCGCCGGAGUUGACUGAUAAUACGUGUGCCACACAGCUAGAAACUGACGUUUGUAAAGAGAGUGGAGGCACAUGCAAUAUAACGAUCGACGGAUUUUAUAUAGAAGUGGUCCUUUGCCUCGUGGCGGGCUUCGCGUGGCUGCAGUGGGGCCGCCCCACCAUCCGCCGGCUGCAGCGGCUGCCGGCCUCCGCCUGGCAGAUAGGCCGCAACAGAUAAGACUGAACACUAUUAUAUUAAUCAUGCUAGGCUAAUUUUGUGGUUUACCGACACAAUGGUACCAAUUCUAUUGUACACAAUCCCUAAACUGUUUUUUUUUAUUCAUGAAAUUCGCUAGCAAUUUUUACUUACAAUAAUCAUAAAUUACAUACAAACAUAGAUACAUACCAAUGUAUGUAAAAUCAAUUAAAAGCAAGCAGUGGUAAAUUGACUGGUCUAAAUCUAUCCCUUUCUGCAUGAAGCAUUGUGUAAGGAAUAGCAAUAGACUAAGACUUGUCAUUUUAAUUUAGUUUAAGGAUUCUGUGCAAUAGAAUUAGCCAAAAUAUGGUGUAAAUAGCGGGUACGUACGACGAUUGUUCCAUGAUUUUAAAUUAUCGGUAUUUCGACUUAUUUUCUUAGGUCGUGGUCAAACGAGACUGCGGUAUUGGAGAGGUGAAGUAGGAGCUCUCAAGAUCCAUGCAAUAGUUCGAAAAUAGAAAUAUCUAUAAUUUAAAAUCAACGUAUGGUACAUAGCUACCAUUUACACUGUUAUAAUUUAUUAUACUUACUAUCAAUCCAUUGAUAUACCAACUUCUAUAGACUGGUAACGGGCCACUAUAUUUUGAAGCAUGGUCGUAGAUGUCGUUUUACUCAAAGAUGCGACAUUUCAUCAGUAUCUAUGUAGUCUGAGCCGCUAUACGCUGGGUGUCACACAAAGCGUACGAAUUGUGUCUUCACUAUUUAAAAUACGAAUGUACGGGCUAUGUCUAUCUGGAGUUUUAUAAGAUCUUUGUAUUAUAAUAAUAUUAUGAUAGUUAAAUAAUUCAUCUUAUGAUCAUUAAAAAUUUUCAACAGCACUAUCAUAGCUGAUGGACAAAUGCGGGCCUAUUCUGGCCUGUGAUUUGGAUUGGGUUAAGAGGAAGACUUACAUUAAAUCAUUGUUUUGAAAGGGCACAAAUUGUGAUGCUUUCACAUAAUUUUUGACAUUUAUCAUUCUAGUAAUCCUGUGAUUCAUUCCAUAAUUAAUUUACAUUAUAACUAAUAUAAUGUGUACAUUAUGUACCUACAUAAUAUAUAUGUAUUAAUAAAUUAUUUUGACUAUUCAAAAGCACAUUGUGUAAAAGUUUAUUUGAAUAGAAAUAUAUUCUAUUCAAAAGAAUGGUACGGAGAUCGAUUUUCUAUCACGUACCUACUUAUCCUUGAUGAGACGAGAUGAUGAUUUAAAAAAUAUUUGAAAUAAGUAUAAUAUGUUAUAAUUUCAAAUACCUAUGUUAUAAGAGUGAUAGCCGAAUACACAAACGUUUCUGUAUUGGGCCGUAUUAGGUACACUAAUUUUUAAACAACUUCAAAAUGGUGGAGCAAAUUGGCACCGACUCAAAAAAAAUGUUAUUUCAGAACUAAAUUAACUCUUGUAUACAUAAUAUAUUUAGUAAUAAAUUAAAUUGUUUUUUAUUUUUUAGUGUUUGUGGGUAUUGAAGUCGGUUUUUUUUUAUUCAUUCAUUUAAAUCCACUUUAAGGAUAAAAUCCCUCAUUCUCAGGUGUAACUUUUGUGAGUGAAAACCUGAAAAAAAUUCAGAAUCUAGGCAAAUGACAUUGUGAUAGUUAAAUAAGUUUAAGUUCAUUAUAGAUUAUAAUUUUAUCAUUUAAUGAUACUAUUCCUAUCUCUAUUUAAAAGUACAAAAUAUGUCCCUUUUAUUUGUAUUUAAGUAGGUAAUGAUUUUGUUAUUAUCUGAUUGUGGUCAAUAUAUUCAUACAGGGAAUAAAAAACCAAUUUUCUGUAAUUUCUUUAUAUACACGUCAACAUUUUCUUAAAAUAUUAUACAGUUUACACUUAUAGGUAUAACAAUAAAUUUGACAACAUUUUUAUGCGAUUGGUAAAAUUAAUCGAUAUAGGAUAAACAUAAACCAGAAUUCAUAUAAGACAACAUUCCUAUAAUAAUUUAAUGUAAAUGCUCAGUUGUUUAAACAAUUAGGGAGAGAAUAAUUGUAUAAAUACGUAUAUACAUAUUUUAUAUUAUGUAUUUAUUAGUAAAAACAAAAUUAUUUCAAAUCAUAAUAAUAUAUAAGGAUAUUAAUAGAUAUACAUACUACCUAAUAUUUUUAUUUAACAUAAUUAAAGCUACAUGUUACUUAAAAAAAUAUUUCAAAAUUGUAAGCAUGCCACAUAUUAUUUAAUCUGGCUUGAAAUAACAUUUAUGUACCUAAGUGAUAUAUCAAAACAGAACAUUAAUUCAAAACUAGUAUUAGGAGUUGGUUUUCCUUAUAAACAUGAAAUAAUCAAGAAAAAUUCUAUUUAUUUAAAUUAUGUACAGAAAAAGUGAUGAAAAAAUCUUAGCCCAUCGAGUGAAACUAGUAGUAGUCUUACAUUUAACAUAAAA